CACAGUUUAAAACGCAGAAGUAGUGCCAAGUCGUACGUAUGGCGUUUCGAUGAUUGCUUCAAGUUUCUAAUAAGACUAACUGUCAGGCCUUGGGAGCGGUGCAACAGCAAGACACCUUAGCAUUCAUUUUUUUUUUGUCAGGCUUUCAUAAAAAGGCGGAUUCACAUUUUCACCGCUUUUCGAUGCAGCAAUAUCUGCAGUAAACCUGCGCUACUCUAAGGAAUCCCAGGAGUACAUCCAUACGCUGUACCAUGGCGCCAGUCUUGAUGCACACUGCAGUGUCAGUGCUUGUGCUGUUUCUGCUGGCCCAAGUUCCCGUAUCAAACUCCUACAAGUGCAGAAAUUUGAAGAGUUCAAUUAAGGUCGACUGGGACAAGCUUGGGAAGAAACUCUGGAUUCAGGCUCUGGUCGACAAACCGCACAAAGUCACUCAGUGCGUUUCACGGAGUUAUCGCGGAAAAGAAGGGAAGCUUUACCUGAGAAUCAUAGGGGGAACUGACUCGCAAGUGUGGAACAUGACGAAGGAGUACAGCAAUGGAGUGCAUAACGAAGACACGAUUCGAUUCCCGAGGAUUCAUCCGCCUCACUUCUAUCAAGUACUGGACACGGACUAUGAGACAUAUCUGGUGGAGCACAUCUGCAAUAGUUACCGGGCCGAUGUCGUUGCGCUCAUGUACCACAAGCCGGUGAAGAGGAUCCCGGAAGAAGUGAUGAAAAAGGCGUCCGCGGCCGUGCUGCAAUCCGGAUUACGUGAUGUCUACAACAUGACCACGACGGACUGUAUGCUGAACGGGAAAGGCAUAAGCCGGCAUAUCAAGCCCUGGUUUGAGAUCAUUAUUAGGAGUAAGGGGAUAGUGCAACGAAUAUAAAUAAAGCACAUCGCUUCCGACACUCCCCCCAA